AUGCAAUGUGAUUGUGAUUUAAGAAAAGACAUGUAUAAUAACAUUGUUCUUUGUGGUGGAAGCUCAAUGUUCCCUGGAAUGAAACAACGAUUUAUUAAAGAAAUUACAGUUUUAUCCCCUCCUACUAUUCAAAUUAAUGUUGAUUGUAAUAGAAAAAGAAAAUAUGGUGCUUGGAUUGGAGGAAAAAUGUUUGCUAGUUUAUCAUCAUUUGAAGAACGUUAUAUGAAGAAAGCUGAAUAUGAUGAAUUUGGUGCUUCUUAUAUUAAUUCUAAAGAUAAAAAAUAA